UUUCGUACUUUUUAUCAGAGCAAACACAGAUAACCUACCUAAUGUAGCACCUUAUCUUGUAGAUAACAAAACAGCUAGCCAGUUACAAUACGAUCGAGUUUGCGAAUGGACAACGUUAUUGUUACGAAAUUUUAAAAAAAGUGAGGUGAAUUAGUGCAAUGGCGGUUGGAAAAGGUGAAGGCAAAGGGCCGGGAGUCGGAAAAUUGGAGUCGCAGAUCUACUGCAUCAAGUAUACACUCUUCUGCUUCAAUGUCGUACUAUGGCUGUUCGGCAUUUCAAUAUUCGCGCUAUGCCUAUGGAUCUGUAUAGAACCUGGCUUCAAUGAAUGGAUGCGAAUUUUGGAGCUUCAGAAAUACUUCAUUGGGAUCUAUAUAAUCUUGAUUGGGUCGCUCGCCAUCAUGGUGGUCGCCUUCCUGGGAUGCGGAGCGGCGCUUAUGGAAAAUAUCAUGUUACUUUAUGCGUACAUAGCAUCACAAAUCGGCGCAUUCGUGUUCGGGCUGAUCGGCUCGUGCGUGGUCCUGGACUUCUCCACGUACGACUCCAGCAUCCAGCCCCUGAUCAAUGACGUCAUCGUGCGGCUCAUGAACAACCCGCAGCACGAGGGCAGCAGGGAGAUCCUGAGGAUGGUACAAGAAGGGAUCGGCUGCUGUGGCUCUGAUGGGCCCAUCGACUACAUAAAUAUGCGUAAGCCUCUGCCAGCAGAGUGCCGCGACUCGGUCACCGGCAACGCCUAUUUCCACGGAUGCGUGGACGAGCUCACCUGGUACCUAGAGGGCAAGACUGGCUGGCUGGCCGGCAUCGUGCUAGCCUCGUGCAUGGUUGCGGUAGUGAACGCUGUUAUGUCUUUGGUCCUGAUUCAAGCAGUGAAAAAGGAAGAAGAAGAAGUAUCAGCAUAUAAGAAUUAGUGUGUAAUUCCAACAUGUAAUAUCAUACGCACAUAUAUCUUUUAAGUAAGUUGCCAUACGUAGACGACGUAAAAUUACAUGACAACGAAAGAAACAAGCAGAGUAGAC